UAACCAAAAAAACAAAAUAAUUCAUAACAACUUCUGUUUUGUUUACUUGAAUUAUUUAUAAAGGCAUCGACCAAACAUUGUAAUAACCACUACUCAUCACAAGAGAGAGAGAGAGAUCAAAGCCUCACCAAUGGGGACUCACCUUUCGAAACAGCUCGAGCGACGUAAAGCCAUCUCCACCGAGAAAAAAACCCUCUCCGAUCUCCAAAACUCCUGCGGCUGCGAGUUCCCCGGAUCCGACUACAUCCCCACCGAUCGCAAAACCUGGAUGGCCGGCGUUGGACCCGACAAGCUCCACAUCAACAAGAUCGUCUGGCCAGGGACUCACGACUCCGCCACAAACAAAAUCGGUAUCCGCUUCAUCUCACGUCCCUUCGCACAGUGCCAGUCUCUCUCCAUCUACAACCAGCUCGUCGCGGGGACACGUGUCCUCGACAUCCGCGUCCAACAAGACCGCCGUGUAUGCCACGGAAUCCUCAAAACCUACAGCGUCGACGUCGUUUUAACCGACCUAAAACGUUUCCUCUCCGAGACAGAGUCCGAGAUCGUAAUCCUCGAGAUCAGAACGGAGUUCGGACACGAGGAUCCACCGGAGUUCGAUAAGUACCUCGUGGAGCAGCUAGGUGAGCAUCUGAUUCACCAAGACGAUAACGUGUUCAGCAAGACAGUAGCUGAGUUGCUUCCCAAAAGAGUGAUCUGCGUUUGGAAACCUAGGAAGUCUCCUCAGCCUAAGCACGGUGAUCCUUUGUGGAGCGCGGGGUACUUGAAAGAUAAUUGGAUCGAUACGGAUCUUCCUUCGACGAAAUUCGAGAGCAAUUUGAAGCAUUUGAGCCAGCAGCAACCGGCUACUUCGAGGAAGUUUUUCUAUAGGGUGGAGAAUACUGUUACUCCGCAGGCUGAUAACCCUAUACUGUGUGUUAAACCGGUGACUAAUAGGAUUCAUUGUUAUGCUAAGGUGUUUAUUAUAGAGUGUGUGAAGAGAGGAUGUGCUGAUAAACUGCAGAUUUUUUCCACGGAUUUUAUUGAUAAGGACUUUGUUGAUGCUUGUGUUGGCUUCACUUUUGCAAGAGCUGAGGGGAAGGCUUGAGGUGUUAUAUGUGAGUGGAAUUCGAGUAGAGCAUUGUUGUAUAUUUGUUUUAUAGAAGAAAAAAGGAUCAGAACACAUGGCUGUGUACUUAGGGGUUCCUUGUGUAUUAUUGAUCAAGCCGUUUGUUUUUUUUUUCCUGUGUGAAAACAUGUAUUUGUGUGCAUUUGAUCUGAGGCUGUAUAUUCAUCAUAUUCUUUACUGAAUGUAAUUAUAUACAUUCUGCAUGUACCAGUAAAACAUCUGUCUUUCUUUUUGUAUAGGUAGUAGUUGACAAACUUUC